CUUCUCCUCCUCCUCCUCCUCCUCCUCCUCCUCCUCCUCCUCUUUCUCCUCCUCCAGAAGAGCCUGAGAUUCCCUCGUAUCCACAACGACCACUACCUCGCUAGCACGAACAAGCAUAAAGAGUACAAUGAAAAGCGAAUUUUCGGUGCCAGGCACCUGCUUGCUGAUGUCGGUCUGACGGACGAGCGGACGCGUAUGCGCCGCUUAAUCGUGGGUAUCAUCUGCCUGCUACUGCUCAACCUCCUGCUGUUCUUCCUCUUUGUGACCAUUGGUUGCUAUCUGAGACGUCGAUUUAGACGACGACGAAAGUCUUCCAUGGCGUGCCAAAUCAUCUCAGCAAGCAAUGCCAGUGACCUUGUGCGAGACCAAGUUAAUCCAGGGCAGUCGAAUGUCAAGGAGGCGGCAAACGGGACAGCAGUUGGCUCCAAGAACGCACAUACCGCAUCCAACGGAUUCCACAACUACCAACCCGAAUUCAUUUUCCCCCCAGUUAGCCUGCCUAUACGCUCGAAAGAGGAGCAGCAGCUACUGAAAAACGGUAAUCCAACCAUUCCCGAUGGAGAGGUCUGUCUUCCCUCCCGACCACCAGCACCACGGCAUUCAACUCUCCUCCAACGUUUAAGCCUGCAUGUACCCUGGCGCCGACGUGGCAGUACUAGUCGCUACAAACAUACUCUCGUGCUAGAGCACCCCAAUGACUCGCUGAAUGUGGACUGGGGCAUCAAGAAUUUGCAUCCACUCUAG